CAGCUGGGACAGUCUGCCCAGCACUCACCAUGGCUCGCUGGCACAUCCUGGGCUUGGCCCUGUGCUCCUACCUCGGGGUAGCCUGGGCUGCGACCCUGGGUGUGGUGCUCACCGAGGGAGGAUUUGUGAAAGGUGAGAAUAAGAAACUGGGACUCUUUGGGGGCUACGUCGACAUCUUCAGAGGGAUUCCCUUUGCUGCCCCGACAAAGACUCUGCAAGACCCUGAACCUCAUCCUGGCUGGGAUGGAACACUGGAAACAAAAGAAUUCAAACCACGCUGCCUGCAGAUGAAGCUGACACAAACUGAUGUCCGUGGGAGUGAGGAUUGUCUCUACCUGAACAUCUGGAUCCCUCAAGGGAGGAAGCAGAUCUCUACCAAGCUGCCUGUGAUGGUUUAUAUUUACGGCGGCGCUUUCCUGGUCGGAGGCAGCCAGGGAGCCAAUUUCCUGGACAACUACCUGUAUGAUGGGGAGGAGAUCGCCGUGCGGGGCAACGUCAUCGUGGUGACCGUCAAUUACCGCCUGGGGCCGCUGGGCUUCCUGAGCACCGGCGAUGAAAACAUGCCAGGGAACUACGGGCUCAAGGACCAGCACAUGGCCAUUGCCUGGGUGAAGAGGAACAUCAAAGCUUUUGGCGGUGACCCAGACAACAUCACCAUCUUUGGGGAAUCGGCCGGUGCCACCAGUGUCUCCCUGCAGGUGAACGAUCCUUCCAGAGAGAGGAGCCCCUUGGUGUACAAAUUGGUCAAAGGCCUCACCGUGGACAGGGGCGAGGCUGGAGCCAACGCCACCUACAACAUCUACACACAGAGCUGGGGUGACAAACCCACGCAGGAGGUGGUGAAGAAGACAGUGGUGGAGCUGAUGACUGACUACAUCUUCCUGAUCCCCACACAGAAGGCACUGGACCUGCACGUGCAGAAUGCCAAGAGUGGCAAGACCUACAGCUACGUGUUCUCCCAGCCGUCCCGCAUGCCCGUGUACCCCAGCUGGGUCGGGGCAGACCACGCUGAUGAUCUGCAGUACGUGUUUGGGAAGCCCUUUGCCACCCCCUUGGGCUACAAGACCAAGCACAGGACUGUCUCAAAGGCCAUGAUUGCUUACUGGACCAAUUUUGCCAGCACUGGUGAUCCCAACAAAGGCAAUUCAGAAGUGCCCGUUUCCUGGCCAGCCUACACCAGCGAGGGCAAAUACUACCUGGAUAUCAACAACAAGAUGAGCAAGAGCUCUGUGAAGCAGGACCUGAGGUCUGAGUAUGUGAAUUUCUGGAACUCGGUCUAUCUGCAGAUGCCACAGGUUGCCAACAUCUCCCAGGCGGAGUUACUGUUCUGAAACU